AUGGCCGACAUCACCGAUCCCUCAGCUGGCCUUGACCAUCCUUCUCCCGGCGACGAUCUGACUGGCAAUGGUGUCGAUUCUCGAGGCACAAAGAGACAGCGAACAUCGAUGGCGGGAGAUGACGACGACGAUGAUGACGAGAAGGGUGGACGUGAGCGCAGAAAGAUUGAGAUCAAGUUCAUUCAAGACAAAUCCCGUCGUCACAUCACCUUCUCGAAACGAAAAGCUGGUAUCAUGAAGAAGGCUUAUGAACUCUCUGUUCUUACUGGCACACAGGUGCUUCUCCUAGUCGUCUCCGAAACUGGUCUGGUCUACACAUUCACCACUCCCAAGCUGCAACCACUUGUCACCAAGGCUGAGGGCAAAAACCUGAUUCAAGCAUGCUUGAAUGCACCCGAACCUUCCGGUAACGAAAAUGGUGUUGAUGCCGCCGAUGAUGUUGCAUCACCUGAUGAUGUGCCCCCAAUGCCCCCAACUGCUGCUGGAAUGCCCCGAGCUGCUCCCCAUGGUGGCUACAUGACUCAAGAACAACAACAGCAAGCAAUGUAUUACCAGUUGCAACAACAACAAAACCAGGGCGGUCAAUACGCAGGUAUGCCACAGAUGCCCCAGCAUCAACGCGCAUAA